UGUUCGAACCGCUCCUGCAAAACAUUUUUUUUAUAUCAUUUGUGUGUGUGCGCGCGCGCGCGCGCGUGUGUGUGUGUGUGUGUGUGUGUGUGUGUGUGUGCGCGCGCACCGACCAGGUUGAGUUGCGGCUGCACGUCGCCUCGAUAUAUAUACAUCGCUGUCCCGGUGGCGGAUGAGAAAGAUUUCUUUUUUUCUGACAGUGAAAUUACCGAUCACAGAUCCGUCUGGUGCGCGCCGCCGCCGCCGCGUUCGUUGUUCCGGGGUCCUGGAUCCACACAGGGGAGGAGCGGGGAGCAGAUCAUCCGUCGUUCUCUUGGUACCAGGGAGCACGUGACCCCGGAGAUGAACAAGCUUCGUCAGAGCCUGCGGAGGAAGAAGCCCACCUACGUGCCAGAGGCCAGCAGACCGCACCAGUGGCAGGCCGACGAGGAGGCUGUGCGCAAGGGCAAAUGUAACUUCGCCGUCCGGUACCUGGGGUUGGUGGAGGUGGAGGAGUCCAGGGGGAUGCAUGUGUGCGAGGAGGCGGUGAAGAAGCUAAAAGUUAGUGGGAAGAAGACGGUGAAGGCACUGCUGUGGGUUUCAGCCGAUGGACUCAGGGUGGUCGAUGAAAAAACUAAGGACCUCAUCGUGGACCAGACCAUAGAGAAGGUGUCCUUCUGCGCUCCGGACCGGAACUAUGACAAGGCCUUCUCCUACAUCUGCCGAGACGGGACCACCAGACGGUGGAUGUGCCACUGCUUCAUGGCUCUGAAAGACUCGGGGGAGAGACUGAGCCACGCAGUCGGCUGUGCCUUCGCCGCCUGUCUGGAGAGGAAGCAGCGCCGCGAGAAGGAGUGCGGCGUGACGGCGUCCUUCGAUGCCAGCCGCACCUCGUUCGUCCGCGAGGGCUCCUUCCGCACAAACUCCGCCUGCAGCCAGCAGUGCAGCAGCAGCGAGCGGGAUGACAAACUUCAGGACAAGAAGAAAGACCAGCCCACUGGCAUCCCAGCCCUCCCACCUGGCACCGCCUCCCCACCCGAGGGCACGGCGUCCCCCAUGGACCGUCCGGAACCAGGCGGGCCGCACGCCAUCCCUCGACGUCACGCGCCCAUCGAGCAGCUGGUGCGCCAGGGCUCAUUCCGGGGAUUCCCGGCACUCAGCGGGAAAAACUCUCCCUUCAAGAGGCAGCUGUCGCUCCGCCUCAACGACCUGCCAUCCACCCUGCAGCGCAAGACCGACUUCCAGACCAAAAACCCCGAGAUGGAUAUGGGGUUGCCAGGUGAGGGAGACAGUAGUAUCAAUGCCCUGUGUUGCCAGAUCAACACAUCCUUCACUAAUCCAUCGGACGAGCUCUUCUCCAACCCCUCUAUGUCUGCGAAUGGCCCUCCAGCCUGCACUGGGCCCCCUGCUCUGCCCCCUCCCCCCGCACCGAUGCAGGCCACCUCUUCCUGGGUUCAGCCGGAGCCUCCGCUCCACUCUCCUCCUCCACUGUCCGUGGCGAUGCAUAUGCAGAGUGGACACAGACGAACACCGUCCGAGGCAGAGCGAUGGCUGGAGGAGGUCUCCAAGGCCGUCUUGGCUCAACAGACUCCUCCCCCAGGUCCAACCAUCCCCUUCAUCCCUGGACCACCCACAGUUUCAAGUCAUCAGAUGUCCAGUCAGGCAGCCAUAUUAGCUGCUCCUGUGUCCACUGUCUCCAUGUCCCUGGGCGCCAUGUCCAAACCCCUCGUCUCAGGCCCCUCUGGCCUCUUUAGUCAGGCCCCAAUGCCCCUUCCACCCAUGUCUAUACCAUCAAUUCCUCUUAUACCAGGCCCUCCAGUGUCAGGACCCCCUAUGUCUCUUCCCUCCAUGUCCAUCCCCACGAUGUCCGGUCCAAGCAUGUCUGGGGCCCCCAUGAUCCAACCGUCUCUGCCUGGGCCCCCAGGCUCUCUUCCAAGCUCAAUGCAGCCCUUCCCCUUGGCUUUCGAUGUUACUCCGGCCCCUGUGGGAAUGUUUGCCAAUCAGCCUGUCCAGCCAGCAUUUGUGCCCAUGCAGACCUACAUGCCGGGCCUGGCCAGCAGUAUGACCUACCCCAACGCCAGUGUGCCUGUAGUGGGGAUCACGCCGUCGCAAAUGGUGGCAAAUGUCUUCUGCACAGCCACAGGCUCAUCAGGUGCAGGUGGAGCCAUAGGUUCGGCUGGAGGGGGACCCAAAGUGGGGGCACUCGGAACAGGAGGCCAGCACCAUUGUUAUCCAGGUGCCCCUGGUGUAGUCGGGUCCACUGCAGGAUUUUCUACCCCACCUUUCUCUUCCACGCCGCCAUUAUCAACGGCCAUUAAUGGCCUCCCACCACAUAGCAGCGCCAUGAUGGCCCUCCAUAAUGGGACCUCCAGCAGUGGCGGCAAUUGUGGCAGCAGUAGCAGCUGGCCACCAGAGGGCAGCCAGCUAACAGCUCCAGUGGCCAGCGUGUCCCAAGAUGAUGAUCGUUUUGAGGCCAAGUGGGCAGCACUGGAGACCAAACCAGUGCCUCAGCAACCGGGAAACAAGGCGCCAGCUGCAGCGGCCAACCCAUUUUCCAACAAUCUGCAAAAGACGUUUGAGAUUGAGCUCUAAGACAGGCUGGGUGCCCCGAAGCUGUAGCGCUAGCCCUGGAGUUAAAGCCUGUGGAAGCCAGGAACUAAUUCCAGGAUCUCUGCUUAGAAUGGGAUGAAGGUCCCUACCGUUGGUCUAGCAUCUGACCUGUGGCAGCCUAGCAACUUGUUAAAAUCUCUCAUGGGAGUCAGUAUUAUAAUGAUAUUAAUUGCUUUCUUUGCACUCCCAUGAGAGCUUGGGAGAGAGUCGGCAGGAUGCUAGGCUGCCAUCGGAGGAUCAGGCACCGGACUUGAUGGACUGAAUCCUUCAGCUCCACCCGCUACCACCACUCUCCCACGCUUUCACCACUCCAUUCGGGCUUUACUGAAUGUGCUGCAGGUCCCUGGUUGGACUGUACGUGCCCCUUUGAGAACAUUGGUGGGGGGGGGGCACAGUUCAAUUGUUUCUUUCUUAAAAAAGGGGACUCACUCAGAUGCAUUCCAGUCCCAUGAGAUGUUUUUGGCAGUUUUGUUUCUGAUGGAGAUUCUGGUGGAGAAACAGUGUACAUGGCUACACUACAAGAUGUGGCGUGAAGCAGAUGAUUCAUUUGUUGAUUAAUGAUCAGACUGUUGCUGAUCUUAGCCAAGUUUGGAGACCUGCAAGGACUAGCCAAUGAUGAAUGACCUGACCCUACUAACCCAAAAGGACAUACUUACCAAGUAGAGAUUUAUGGCCAAAAUUAUUUUAUUUAUUGUAUUUUUUAUUUUAUUUUAACAAUAUAUACUUUAAAAUGUUUCGGGAGCGCGUUGUUUAAAAAAAAAAAAAUCCCCCAUAUUUAUUUUUGUUGAACCUUAAAGUGGAGAGAAACUACUGGUAGCAGACAGGUAACAGGUAUGACUGCACACCAGUAGAGGCAAAGCACUGUGGGAAAACGAGUCAUGUAACAGGAACCAAAAAGUCGGGGGCUGACAGUACAGCAGUGUGCAGUGAGACAUGUGAAACCGUAAGUGUAUAUAGCGGCAUGUUUAUUCCACCCGUUAGCCCUCACGUAGAUACUGUAUGCUCCCCUGCAGCUGAGGCCAGUCGAGUCAACGUGACGUCACCUUGGCUCCGUAAGCCAUUUCUGAUGCUGACGCCUUCCCUCCAAGGGCACUCGGACAUUAAAAAAAAAAGUCACGUCAGGAUGUCCAGCACACAGACACUCAGUGGACAAUGCAGCACAACAGUCCGUUGGACUCCAUAAUCUCCAGACAAACCCAAGGAACUUAAACAACUCAGUGGAAAUAAGGAAAAAAACGGAAAAACAAAACAAUCUUCAACACUGUGCAACUGGCUAAAAAAGGGAUGAACUACAUUCCAACACUCAUAAAUCCUUUAAUGUGUUCAAACACAGGGUAUAGUCUCACCACGUACAAGUACGAUUCUGUGUUCACCUUUUGCUCCACUACUGGAUCACUCUGCAGUAGCACUUCUCUCAUAAUGGACGUUUGGGAUUUUAUGAUUUGAAGUGAAACGAGGAACAUGAGCACACACAGACUGAGGCAUGGUAAAAUGAAAAACGACCAGGAGCAGUGAAGGAGGAAUGAUGCAGAGAUCUGACUAGAUUAACAGAGUGAGGGAAUUCUGGAUGAAACGACGAUUUCUAGAGGGGAAAGAAGGAAGGAAAACCUGUAUGUGAGAGGAUUUAAAUGAGAUGGGGGAAGUCUUGAAGGAAGGAAAAUUAGAUAAUAUGCGGAGGGGGAAAAAGUGAGACAGAUUGUGUGAAAUUAUUAAGAACAAAGACACAUUCAUUCGCAGCCCACAAACAGAGCACUGUCUGCCAUUUCCACAUCUUUUUCCCACUUCUGCAUCGUGUUCCUCAACUCUUCAAACUCGCAAGCAAAACCUUUGAUUGAAUUUUUUUUUAAAUAUGUUGCUUUCUUUAUAAUUAGCAGUCUCAAAAAACCAGAUUCUUUCCAUUCUGCUGAAUGUGAACAAUUGCCUCUAUGUGUAGUGACAACUUCAGUGAUGGCGGCAGACCUUUUUGUGUUGCACUUUCUGAGUCACUAUGAGUCACAGACGUCUAGUUCUGAUUAAAGAUGGAAGCAACAUUACAAAGAAGAAAUGUUCUCUAUCAAAGGGCUUUUUCCACAGGUUGUUUCUGUAUGUUUUCUAACCUGUAAUCUGUCCAGAGAUCCUGUUAUGUUUCUUUCUUAAUCGUAUGGAUAUGGACUGCCACUGAUUAGGUUCCCUGCUCAUUAAUGCCCCACAGUUUAUUGGCUCUUCUCUCUGUGGCAGCCCCCCCCUUCUCAGAGAUCCUAGAUUUCUGUGCCACAGGCAUAAUUUAUACCAUUUCGAGUUUCUCCCAGGGCUUUUGAAUCAACAUUUCUUUCCUUUCUGACAAAUCCAAACUGCUCUCUCCAUGAGUCGAGACGGAUUCCCCCCAUGAAAUCAACGCUUUUUAUUUCGCCGAAAAUAUAUUUUAGCCUUUGACUCUUGUUUGCACGCCCUCCAAAUUAUAAACGUAGGUUAAUUGUAUUCCGCGUUCAAGCAAACUAAAUGACCUCAUAAACUUGAUUGUAAAACCAUAGUUAAGUAAUGGUAACAAAGCGAACCAGUUUAUUUUUAAUCUUUAUUUACAGAAUUUUUGUAUUUAAACCUACAUAUUUGUAUUGUAAUUACAUUGUACAAAAGAUAAAUAAAGUAAUAUAAUAUUA